AUGAAGCCAAUGCGGGACGGCAAGAGCGGCGGCGGCAACGGCAGCGGCGUCGGCAGCACCAUCGACACCCAGCUACUAGAGGCUGCGGUGAAGGAGCCUGUAGCUUUUUUGGGGGGGGUGUUUGCCGGGUUCCUAGCGCUCGACAUGCAGAAGGAGCCACUCAAGUCGUGGUUGCAGGAGACGGCAGCCGAGGCGGGGCUCAGGUACCAGGCCACAGUGGAGAGGCUGGAGCAGGAGCGCAGGGCACGUGUCUAG